AUGACCAAAGGAUUCGGAGAGCACCCUCUGCGGAUCCUCUACAGCUCUGCGGAAUUGCGUGGAAUCGAGUGUUAUGCGGAUUACAUGGAAGGAGACUACGACAAUCGAUUUGCGAUCUCGAUUCCUGGACGUCGAACGGAAAAAUGUCUCAGCGAGCUCGAUUCCUGGAGCAGCUGCAGUACGAUGUUUUAUCCGAUGGAUAUGGAACUCAAUUUGCGUGGAUGGCCUGCAGAAUGUACUUUUAGAGGGGCGUUUGGGACUGUGUUGAAAAAGUACUUUACAAAACUAAAUAGUAGGCGAGUUGAAGUAUUUCGAGAGACAACUUUUAGGAUCUUCAUCGGCAUGCCCACCCCGAAUGGUGACCCGAUGCUCUAUCAUUUGACGAUGUUGCAUGAGGUUCGUGAUGUAGAGGUAGCCAGGGCUAGGAGGUUUCAGUUCGAGUUAAAAUGCAGGGUGGUUGAAUAUGGUGAAACAGAAUUUUGUUUGAUUAGCGGUUUGAGAUUUGGAUCGUAUGUUGAUAUAAUAAAUACAAAAGUCAGCACAAGUUCAACAUUAAGGAAUCGGUUGUUCCCUAAUGUGAGAGAUGAAGAUAUACGGCUAAAAGAUUUAGAAGACUACGUAAAAGGUUCAGCAUUCUCGACGUGUAGCGAUGAGGAUGAGGUAAUGGUUGUGCAAAUGGUAUUUUUGUUCAGGGGCCUCAUAGGACGAGACGACAAUAUGUGCAUUCCGUCGGUAGUGUAUGAGCUCGCCGAUAGUCAAUAUAACUGGAACAGGUUUGCAUGGGGUACGUAUUUGUGGAGAAAUAAAAUUCCAAGAAUGAGGGCAUGGAGAAUAAAAACACAAUUGUCUCUCGAGCAAUGUUUACGUAUAUUAGACGUUUCAGUGGAAAAUAACAUCCCACGUGAUUUUGAACCAACGCCUGUUGAGAUCCAUUUGCCAUUCUUUGUGCGUUAUGUAAGUUGGACUCUAGACAAAGUGUACUCGCCACCGCAACAACAGAGUCAUCCUAAGGACCGGUCUCCAUCACCGUAACAAAUGAGUCCUCCUAUGCAGCGGUCUCCAUCACCUCACCCGUCUCAGUUUCAGG